AUGGCUUCGCCGCACCCGCUCAGCUGGGCCGACGCGCCGCCCUACCACUACCACGGGACGACACCCCAGCGGGCGCCCGACUCCUCCUCCGACGGGGCCGGGCCCCGCUCGCUCUGGAUCGGCGGCCUGCUGCACUGGAUGGACGAGGACUACCUCUACGCCUGCUUCACCACCUCGCCCGAGCUUCUUUCCAUUGUCAUCAGACGGAGCAAGCAGACUGGGCAAUCAGAGGGUUUUGGCUUUCUCAAAUUUGCUGACCAUACCGCCGCUGCUCAGAUUCUCAAGUCUUACAAUGGUCAGAAGAUGCCUAACGCUGUUCGAGAUUUCAAGCUCAACUGGGCCACUCAACAACCUUCUACCGAGAAACUCCCUGAUCCAGAUUUCAAGCUCGACCCAGCCAUGCAGCAGGAUGCGCCUCAGAGGCACGCCGACGACGAUUCCUCAUCUGAGCAUUCCAUAUUUGUUGGGGACUUGUCCUAUGAUGUCACAGAAUACAUGCUACACCAUCUGUUCAAGACCCGCUACCCAUCAGUGAAGAGCGCAAAAAUUAUCUUUGACAGGUUCACUGGUCGCUCAAAAUGCUUUGGCUUUGUUCAGUUUGGAGAUGUCAAUGAGCAGACACAAGCACUGACAGAAAUGAAUGGAGCCAACUGUUCUACCAGGCCUAUGCGGAUUGGACCUGUUCCCAACAAGAAAAAUUUUUUCCACAACAAACAAGGGGCUGAGUCUUAUCAUGAUAACAAUUCAAGGCUAUUUGUUGGGCAAUUUGAACAAAGUGUCACUUAUGAAGAUCUGCUGCAAGCCUUUCGUCCAUAUGGAGAGCUUAUUGAUGUCAAGAUAUUAACAGGGAAGGGUUGUGGGUUUGUCACAUACUCUAACAGCUGGCUCAGCAAAGCCCCCUCACAUGUUCUAGGCAGGAGGACUGACUUACGUGUUUUAGGGCAUCUGCAGAGGAAGCCAUUAGAAUGCUAA